GACGACGGCUCGACGAUUAGUCUGUGCGAGGAGUCGCUGGCCAACGCCGUGGGUGCCGUGGGUGACGAAGCGCCACUGCACAUCAACGGGAUUGGUCCGAUGUCAACAGUAGAACCCAGCCGACGCGUGACGGUGCAAAUACGCGGGCUGACCGAAGGACAUACACAUCUCGUGAGACUUAGAACGGUAAAAGACCUAGGUAUAAACUCUCAACAAGUGCCAAGAACUUUGAUCGACCGAUACAAGCACCUGAGGGGCCUACAAGAGGCCACAUAUGCUACCGCGACGCCUCGAGUGCUCAUCGGAUCGGACAAUUGGCACAUGAUAAUUCCACUUGAAGCACGGACCGGAACGAAGGAUGAACCUGCUGCAGUUAAGAUAGAUCUUGGCUGGUUAAUAUAUGGACGCGCGCCGCAGACCCCGCGGCGAGCUGAACGAGUGUUACACCUCUCACAAGCGAACGAACGAGACGGGGAGUUGAACAAACAAUUACAGCGAUAUUUUGAAAUCGACUCGCUGGGGAUAAAGCUGAUCGAUAAGGUGCGCCCGCAGGACGAACGAGCGCAAAGGUUGUUCAACGAGACUGUAAAGCAAGUGAGUACAUCACAAGGCCCAAGAUACGAAGUAGGGCAACUAUGGCGUGAUGAUGACCCUAGACUACCGCCUAGCUACAACAUGGCCCUGACAAGACUACGCGGAAUAGAACGGAAGAUGGAUAGGGAUCCGAACUUCGCUGCGAAAUAUACUGCGCAAGUAGAUAAUUUACUGAACAAGGGGUACGCUGAGAGAGUAAGUGAACCAGGUCUAGAUCCAAGAUCAUGCUAUCUCCCUCACUUUUCUGUCCACAAUCCGAACAAACCAAAGAAGAUCCGUCUUGUAUUUGAUGCCGCAGCAGUAAAUCAGGGACAAAGCCUGAACAACUUCAUUCUUGAAGGACCAGAUAUGUUACAAUCACUUUUGGGUAUAAUUUUACGCUUCAGGGAAGGCGCGUUUGCUGUGACUGCAGACGUAGAAGAAAUGUUCCUGAGAAUCCAGAUCCGUGAAGAGGACAGAAACUCACAGAUGUUCCUGUGGCGAGCGGCGCGCCGAAGCGGCGUCCCUGAUGUGUACCGAAUGAAGUCAAUGGUAUUUGGUAUCGCGAGCUCACCGUUCCUCGCACAUUCGGUAAGAAAUUAUAAUGCUUACUCUCACGAGAACCGCUACCCGAGGGCCCUAGAAGACAUAGUUAGAAACCACUACAUGGACGACUAUGUUUCAAGCUAUGAAAACGAAGCAGAUGCUAUCGCGUGCGUCGAAGAGGUCUCCGCUUGCCACCAGCAGGCUGGAUUUCAUCUCCGUGGGUGGUCUAGUAACUCGACACUUCUUAUAGAACGGAUCCCAGAGGAACUACGAGCCGACACACCCGCGCCGAUUGGCGAUAAGGAACAAAAGGUAUUGGGUUUAACCUGGGAUGCAAGAACAGACCAUCUAGGCUUCAACAUUACCAUGAUCCGAGUCCCUAGCGAUGUUAAGGAACUUAAAAGGGCUCCGACGAAAAGAGAGGCUCUCAGCGCAGUUAUGAGUAUUUAUGAUCCGUUGGGAAUAAUCUCGUAUUUCUCAAUUACAGCAAAGAUCCAGCUACAGCGACUCUGGGGCCUAAGUUUGGAUUGGAACGCUCCGCUGCCACCAGACGAGUGCGAGGAAUUCCAGACAUGGCUACGAGCGCUGGAUCACGUCGGUGGACUGCGCAUUCCCCGCCACUACGGACCUAUGGAAAUGGUGAGACGAACCCUCCAUAUUUUUGUUGACGCAUCCUCACAAGCAUACGCAGCGGUCGCUUACUGGCGUAUCGAAAGACGAGGGGAGGUCUAUGUCAGCCUGAUCGCGGCAAAGGCUAAAGUGGGACCAACGCGCUCUAUUUCGAUACCACGAGCGGAGCUACAGUCGGCCUUGAUCGGAGCUCGACUGAAGAAGACUAUUCUAGAACAACACAGGUACGAGGUAGCGGAAGUCGUCAUGUGGUCUGACAGCCGAACGACACUCCACUGGGUAAGAGAAAACGCACGCCGCUACAGCGCCUAUGUCUCGCACCGCCUAGGCGAGAUAGCCGAACUCACGGAACCAGAACAGUGGCGAUGGGUGCCGACACGCCAGAACGUCGCAGAUGACGCCACUCGAGCGGACAGCACACGUGAGUUUAACAUAACACACAGAUGGUUCCAAGGACCCGCCUUUUUACGGCUACCAGCUACAGAAUGGCCACAAGAACCGUCGAACCAGCCAGAACCAGAGCCAGAAGUACUGGAAGUCAAACAGUGCUUAGCGAGUCGCGAGGUUGCCUCGCCACCGCUGCCCGAUGUGAGCCGAUUUUCAAGCUACGACCGGUUACUUGGAACAACUGCACGAAUGUUGCAAUUUAUUGACAUUCUAAAAUCUAAAACUAAGAUGAACUUACAAACCGAACAUAUUCUGGCCGCUGAACGUUUACUAUUGCAGAGAGCGCAGAAAGAGGACUUCGCCGACGAACUUCGAAGCCUCCACCGCGGCGAGCCUCUGACCAAAGGCAGCCCGCUCUUCGAGCUGGACCCCGAGCUCGCACCUGACAACGUGCUCCGCAUGCGGGGGCGCAUCGACGCCGCGCCCGUGCCUAUCAACAAGAGGCCCGCCAUUCUACACGGACGUAACCGUUACCAUCGGGAGGAGACACGAGAAGCGCUGGGUGGCGCUCUACACCUGCCUAACGACCCGGGCGGUGCACUUGGAGCUGGUGCAUUCCCUCAGCACUGACUCCGCCAUCAUGUCACUUCGUCGCAUGGCCGCGCGACGGGGCUGGCCUCGCACGAUGUGGAGCGACAACGGAACCAAUUUCCGUGGCGCUACAGCAGAGCUACGGGCUGCCUACGAAGAAUGGCUGCCCGCACUGCAGCAAUACGGCCUGCAGUAUCGCCUGGACUGGCGGUUCAUUCCCCCCGGUGCCCCGAACCAGGGCGGUGCCUGGGAGCGAAUGGUCCGCUCUGUGAAGACUGCUCUCAUGGCCACGCUACACUCGCGAGCGCCCAAGGAAGAGGUGCUUGCGACUCUACUGGCCGAGGCCGAGGCGUGCGUUAACGCUCGGCCUCUCACACAUGUCUCGGUCGAUCCACGCGAUCCCGAGACACUGACACCGAACCACUUCCUGCUCAACGGCCCCACGGGGACCCCUCUCACUGGUCCCUGUGGCGAGGUCAACCGAAGAGCCUGGAAGGUCAGCCAGGCACUCGCCGACUCCUUCUGGCGUCGCUGGGUGCGCGAGAUCCUACCCACCCUCGCCCCGCGACGAUCCUCAGCGACGGGCGAGCGGCCACUAGCGGUCGGCGACCUAGUCAUCGUCGUCGACCCCUCAUUACCACGCAACGUGUGGCCUCGCGGCGUAGUUGAGCGAAUCUACCCGGGCCCAGACGGCGGCGUUCGCAGCGCGGAGGUGCGGACCAAGGGCGGCGUCUUCAGAAGACCCACGACCAGGCUGGCUGUCUUGCCGGUCGAUCGAGAGUCGACGUAGCAAGUCGACGAGGGGAGUGUGGGCGACAGCCGACCCGCGGACCACAACCGACCAUAUUU